GCGUUCAUGGCGAACAAGGCAGAAUUGACUAACCAAAGUUUCUCCCUGAAGUCGAGAUUGCGCUUGUUUGAAGCAGUUGUAACACCCGCUGUUUUGUAUGGAGGUUCCAGUUGGGCUUUGAAAUCUGAAGUCGGGCACAAGUUACAAACGGCACAGCGUCGCAUGCUGCGAAUGCUGUUUGGCUCUGGGCGGCGACGGGAGACGCAGCAGGAAAAUCAAGCACCGGGAGGCUGCGAAGCACCGGACGCGAGAGAGAGCGAUGAUGACAGUCAUGUUGAUGAAGUUCCUGCUGGCGGAGCCUUGGAGCCAUGGGUAGACUGGAUAAAGCGUGUUAUUCAUCAUAUUGAAGAGCAUAUGAACAAGCUGCACAUCGAUUGUUGGUGGGAGGCGGCGCGACGAAAGAUCUGGAAAUUUGCUGCCCGGAUAGCAAAUAUGCCCAGUGACAGAUGGGCUGUGAAAGCAGUCAAUUGGAUUCCUGAACUUGACCCACGCGCCCGGGGGAGGCUGCCGGGGAGACCUCGAAAGCGCUGGGCUGACGAUGUAGUCAAUUUCUUGCGUGAUGCCGGCUACGACGCCCCUGGCGGGGACUGGAUUUCACUUGCUUGCAAUGUAGAGUUGUGGAUGAUACUGCAGGACGGCUUCAUGUACGAGUCCAUCUGAGGCACUGCGGUGCCAUCCACCCACGCCCCGCGCAGGGCCGGGCGCUGCCCGACAUUGGGUGUUCGUUCGUUCGUUCGUUCACAUCUCUCCUGGACGAUGCCUACUGCAG